UGAGCCACUUGAGCCUGGAGCAGAUGGAAAGAUUGUAGCGAGGGGAAAGUAAGCGAGCAGCAGAGAGAGAGAGAACUGGAAAAAGCCAUGCAGAGAGUGAGGCAGCCCAGCGACAAUGCUUGAUGAACUGAACCACUGACCACCAGAAAGCCUUCCUUCUACUCUGACUGAGCCCCAGAGCGAGACCAAGAAAUCAGACAGGACAGCCUUGAGGGGAGACAUCAACUCGUUGUCCCAGCUCACGGGCCAAACAAGCCCAAGACGUGGAGAGAAAAAGAAAGUAAGAGAUAGAGACAAGGAGAAGGGGAGCUCUACAGAUGAGAGUUAAAGCAGAGGGGCAGAAGGAGAUGCUCAGAGGGACCAGACAGUGAAGACAAAAGUGAGACAAGUAACAGGACUGCUACAGGUGUGUCCACAAAGACUGCUCACAGACAGGGCGACACACAAGAGUCACCUGGACAAAAGCUGUUGCAAGUAAAACAGAGAGAUCAUACCGAAGCAGGGAGACAGAACUAGGUAAGGAUGGCCAACUCAGGUCUCCAGCUGUUGGGUUAUUUCCUGGCGUUGGGCGGCUGGAUCGGCAUCAUCUCCACCACCGCCUUACCCCAGUGGAAGCAGUCAUCAUACGCCGGCGAUGCCAUCAUCACGGCUGUGGGUCUGUACGAGGGGCUGUGGAUGAGCUGUGCCUCGCAGAGUACAGGACAGGUGCAGUGCAAGAUCUUUGACUCCAUGCUUUCGCUGGACAUCCACAUCCAGACAUGCCGGGCCCUUAUGGUGGUGUCAGUGCUGCUGGGCUUUAUCGGUAUCAUCGUCAGCGUGGUGGGCAUGAAGUGCACUAAGGUGGGAGAUAACAACCCAGCCACCAAGACUAGGAUCGCUGUGACCGGAGGAGCUCUCUUCCUGCUUGCAGGUCUCUGUACACUGGUGUCUGUGUCCUGGUAUGCCACUCAGGUGUCCUAUCAGUUCUUCAACCCAAACACACCGCCCAAUGCCAGAUAUGAGUUCGGCUCUGCCCUGUUCGUGGGCUGGGCGGCGGCCAGUCUGACGGUACUGGGCGGCUCCUUGCUGUGCUGCUCCUGCUCCAAAGAUGACAUGCGAGGACAGCAAUAUUACCGCCAAUCACAGCCUUCCACAGCCAGGGAACCAAAUGUUAAAAGUACCCCACCAGAGAAAAGGGAGCAGUACUUGUAGUUUGGGAGAGUCUUCUGGCCUUACCAUGGUUUAGAUUCUGUCAACAGAAAAAAACCCUCUCACUGAGGAAUUCAAAACAGACAAACAGACACCACUAGAGAAACAAUUUAUGAACAACAACCUUUCAAGUAUAUUGCGGAAACAUAAAUUAGAGUCUCUGCUGAAGUAAAAGAAAUUGUUUUGUGAGGUUUAAAAUGAAAUGAAAUAAUUCUUUUGGGGAUUAAGAAAGAUGAUAGUUUUGUCUUGUCUGUUUUGCUGACUUUGGGAGAGACAGUCAUUCAGGGUAUGUUUUAUAUAACAAUGUAAAAUGCCCAGGUGUAAAUACCACCUACUCUAUUCUUUUUUUUUACUACAUAUAUAAUGUUUUACUACAGUGCCUUAUAACACGUGUUUGUGCACAUGUACAGAGCAUUCAGAAAGUAUUCAGACCCCUUUGCUUAUUUUACAGUUUGUUAUGUUAUAGCCUGAUGUUGGAAUUGUCUCAAUGCAUUAUCUUCCUCCUUAAUCUUCACCUGGUGCCCCAUAAUGACAAGGCAAAAAAGAACUUCAGAAUUUUGCAAAUUUAUUAAAAGGCAAAAACUGAAAUAGCACAUUGACAUAAGUAUUCAGAUGGUUUACUCAGUACAACUCAGUUGAAGCACCUUUGGCAGCGAUUAUGGCCUCGAGUCUUUGGGGGUUUGGAGAUUUUCUAUCAGGUGUCUCCAGAGAUGUUCAGUUGGGUUCAAGUGAGGACUCUGGCUGGGCCACUCAAGGACAUUCACAGAGUUGUCCCUAAGCCACUCCUGCAUUGUCUUAGCUGUGUGCUUUGCGUCAUUGUCAUAUUGGAAGGCAAACCUUCAGCGGAGUCUGAGGUCCUGAACGCUCUGGACCAGGUUUUCCUUAAGGAUAUCUCUGUACUUUUAUCGCUUCAGCUUUCCCCUCAACCCUGACCAGUCUCCCUGUUCCUGUCUUUUAUGAAUUAUGGAGGCCUCUGAGCUCUUGGGAACCUUCAGUGCAGCAUUUUUUUGUAGCCUUCCCCAGAUCUGUGCCUUGACACAAUCCUGUCUCUGAGCUCUGCAGGGGGUUACUGUGACCUCAUGGCUUGGUUUUUGCCUGGGUGUGAAUUGUCAGCUGUGAGACCUUACAUAGUCAGGAGUGUGCUUUUCCAAAUCAUGUCCAAUCAAUUGAAUUUACCGCAGGUGGAUUUCAAACAAGGUGUAGAAACUCAAAGGGUAUCAUAUCAAAGGGUCUGAAUAUUUGUCAAUGUGAUAUUUCAGUUUUUCCUUUUAAAAAAAGUUUGUUUUGACUUUGUCAUUAGAUGGAUAGUGAAAAAAUGAAUUUAAAUAAUUUUAGCACAAGACUGCAACAUAGCAUGUUAAUAAAGUGAAGGGGUCUGAAUACUUUAGGAGUGCACUGUAUGUUUUUGACUACAUGGGUUUUUCAUAGCCUCCCAUCCCAUCUGAGGGAUGUGUGAGCAUACUUCCUCUGCCAGCAGUUCUAUAUACAUUUCUCUAUUGUUGGAUUUCUGUAAAUGAAUGUGAAGCUACACUACAGUACCACUUAUGAAACAACAAAGACAUACAUACAGUAGAUCUUCAGCAUAAUGCCUUAUGCACUGUUUGUAAGAAGCUGUUUCAAAGUAGCCUGGAUUGAGGAUAUACCCAGUACAUUCAUUUUGUUUUAAGUGCCAAUAUGAUUUUGUGUGAAUGACAGAGUCGUCGUAUUUUUGACUCUAAAGGAUGUGCUGUCUCCUGUACUAAGGAAUGCCAGUUUGCUGAGCGUUCAAAUACCCUUCUGAUGCCUGCAUUUAUUUACCAUGCCAUUCCUUUCUCUAAUAUUUACCUCCUACAUGUUGUGUAUCAUCUCAUUUACAGUAUACCCCUGUCUGUUUCUUUUAGAAUAAAGUAAACAGCAACAUAAAAA